AUGCCAAAACCUCAACACCCAAGAGGAACGCCAAUACCGAACGCGCGCUUCCGAGUCCAACGCCCAGUAGAGAUAAAUCCUACACUCCCAGAACAACCACCAGCUCCCGCAGGCCCAGCCCUCCUCCCAACGAAACGCCGACCAUUCCUUUCCCCCCUCCUAGCAGGCCUGCGCCAGCGCUUCUCAACACUCCCCUCCCCAGUCCGAAGAGCAUGCGGGACCCUCCGAUGGCUCGCGCCCGCCCUGCCCAUCGCCCUCUUCUUCCCAGAACACGUUAUGCAAGUUAUGUGGGUGCGCGGGCCGUCGAUGACGCCAUAUCUGAAUGAAGACUACGCACAGACGCAGACGAAGAGCGACAUGGUGCUGGUUAGCAUGUGGCCAUGGGGAUCUAUUACGCCGUUUAAGAAAGAGCGGAAGCUUGAACGGGGGAUGGUCGUUACGUUCCGUUCACCUGCUAAUCCCUCGCACAUCGCUAUUAAGCGCAUUAUUGGGUUACCGGGUGACCGGAUUACGACCCGUGAACCGUGCGUGAAAAAGAGCCAGAUCGUGCCGUGGAAUCAUGUUUGGCUUGAGGGUGAUGCGGAAGAUCCGAGGAAGACGCUUGAUAGUAAUACGUAUGGCCCUGUUAGUCUCAGUCUGGUUACUGGGCGUGUUUUGGCGGUUUUGGGGCCGCGGAUGAGGUGGCUGGAUUGGACGGAGUGGGAUUCUGGAAAGGGUGAGAUUGCAUCUAGUGGCUCGACUGAUUUGCAUAGGCAGAGUGUGCGGGAUCGGGUCUUGAAGGAUGCUGUUAAGCUUGAGCGGCCGCAUUUGAACUGA